AGGGGGAGAAAAUUCUAGGCAUGAGAGAUGGUCAGUGAACAUUUUUCUCAGUUAGGAAUUUUGUUUUUUAAACCCUUACCUUCCAUCCUAGAAUCAGUACUAUGUAUUGAUUCUAAGACAGAAGAGCAGUAAGGGCUCAGCAAUGGGGGUUGUGACUUGCCCAGGCUCACACAGCUAAGAAGUAUCUGAAGGCACAUUUGAACCCAGGACCUCCUGUCUCUAGGCCUGACUCUCAAUCCACUGAGCUACCUAGCUGCCCCCAGGAAUAAUGGAGGAACAGCAAGAAUGCUGGUAUCACUGGAUUGUAGAGUACAUGUGGGGAGGGGAUGGGGGGAAGUAUAAGAAGACUGGAGAAAUAGGAAGGGCAGGGUUAUGAAGGACAACUUCCUUGGAUUUUCAGUUAGUUAAUCAAUAAAUAUUAAUUCAAGGCUUACCAUGGGUAAAGCACUGUGCUAUGUGCAAGGGAUAUAGAGAGAAAGUGAAAACAAUACCUGCCCUCAAGGAGUUUGUAUUCUGAUAGAGGAGAUAGUGUGUAUAGUCAGGAUACUUACAGAAUAGACAAUGAGUAGCCUUAGAAGGAAAGCACUGACAGCUGGGGGAGAAUGAAAAAGCUGCCAAUGGUAGCAUUUGAGCUGAGUCUUGUAGGAAGCCAGGGAUUCUAAGAGGCGUAGGUGAGAAGGGGAGUGCAUUCGUAACACUGAGCUCAGCAAAGAGGCAGAGAUGGAAGAUGGCAUAUAGCGCAUGAGAAAUAGCCAGUCGGCCACUAUAGCCAUACAGAGAAUUCAGGGGGAGAAUAAUGUGGAAGAAUAUUGAAAGGCAGAAAGUAGUCAGGUUAUGAAGAUCUUUAGAUACCAAAUAGAAGAGUUUGUACAUGAUUCUUCUAGUAAUAGAUAGCCGCUGGAAUUUAUUUCCUUGGAGGCUGACAGUCUGACCUACACUUUAAGACCUGAGUCAAUUUCUGGUGCCUCCAGGACCAGGCUAUUGCCUUAAGUGACAGUAUAUGUUCCAUUGGCAUCUAAUUCCUUAUAAUUGUAGGCUAUUAGACCUUUGGUGUUUAUUUGCAAGACUUCAGUACCCAACAUGCUUCUGGCUCUGCCCUUAACUUUUAGGGUAAACCUUACCAAAGGCAAGCUAAUCUUCCCUUUGAACAUAAAUUGGACUCUUAGGUGAUAGUGCACAACUUUUUUUGGCUUCUUAAUUGAAGUGUAAUGUGGAAAACUAGUUGGAGAGCACAAGGAAGAGUCGGUGGAGACCAAUCUGGGUAAUUAAAAGGUGAAGAAGUCAAGCCAAUAGAAAGGAAUCAUGGAUUGAAGGUGUAUGUAUCUAGGGCAGUGAUGUCUAACUUGGAUGAAAAUGGGGGCCACUAAAAUAUUUUUAAGGAGCCCUGCAAGCUUCAUAUUGGCUUGAUUUUCAGAUGUAGGACUAUCUAUGUUUUGUGGUGUUUUUAUUUUGUUCAAUAUUUCUCAGUUACAGUUUAAUCUGGUUCUGGCUACACUUGGGAGUGUUGUGGGCUGCAUGUGGCUAUUGGCCCCAAAUUUAGUAUUUGAUAGUUUUACUGUAGAGAACAGAAAAAAGGUGAAGGUUGAGAACUGUCAAGCACAAACAGUGAGUAUUCCACAUAUUGUGAAUAGUAAGAAGACAGUGUGGCUAUCAUGCAGAAUAUAUUUGGAGAAUAGUGGGUGAGAAGGUUGGAUAGGUAGGGUUACAAUAAACUCUGAACAACCUUAAAAGCUCGUGUUUAAAUUUUAUAUAUAUUUUAUAUAUAUAUGUAUAUAUAUAUAUAUAUUAUAGUGGUUUUGGGGGGAAUAGAGCCACUGCUGAUGUUUGAACAGGGACAUGAUAUAAUGAUGCAGCAUUUUAGGGAUAUGACCCAAACAGUGGUAUACUAAAUGGAAUGAAAGGUGAAGAACCAGGUGUUAACAGACAGAAACUGGAUGUUUAUAGUUAAGGAUAUUGGAAGUUAAGAUGAGGGUGGUGGUAGUUGGAGGAAAAGAAAUUUGGAAUCAGAAUUGAAUUGGGCCAGAAUUUCAGAGAUCACCUGAUCCAACCAAAAUAUGAAUAAGAAUCUCAUUGACAUUAUCCCUGACAAAUUUUCAUCUUUUGUGCUUGAAGACCUCAAGCACUGGGAAACUGACUAUGCUCUAAGGAUAGUCCUCAGGGGCUCGGAUGAAUUCCUGUGUGUGCCACAUCGUUUGCUGGAAAUGUGCCUGGGGUACCACUGAGCGAGGAAUGUGCAUCUAACGACUGCUAACAGAAAUGGAGCUGCCUGGGAGGGGGCGUUUGGGACUUCCCAGCUCUUGGAGACGCAGCCAGAUGAAGUCCUCUGACCUGGACCCGGAUUUGUUUACAGAAAGUUACUGCAAGGUGUGCAGUGCUCAGCUGAUUUCUGAAUCUCAGCGGGUGGCGCAUUAUGAGAGUCGAAAACAUGCAAGCAAAGUCCGACUUUAUUACAUGCUCCACCCUGUAGAUGGUGGGUGUCCAGCCAAAAAGCUGAGAUCAGAAAACGGAAGCGAUGAUGACAUGGUGGAUAAGAACAAAUGCUGUACACUCUGUAACAUGUCUUUUACAUCAGCAGUCGUGGCUGACUCACAUUAUCAAGGGAAAAUCCAUGCCAAAAGGUUAAAACUGUUGCUAGGAGAACAACCCCCGGUAAAGGCUGCAGGAAAUGCUGGCAAAGAGCAGAGAGUGGAGCACAAUGAGGCCACCCAACUUGAAGAAUUACGGGAAACCCCUCUGAGUCCACUUAAGCCUCCCCACUCAGCCAGUGCCCCAGGAGUGCCCGUGUCUUCACCCCAUCGUCGAAGAGAUUCAGACAGAUACUGUCAGCUCUGUGCAGCCUGGUUCAAUAACCCUCUGAUGGCCCAGCAGCAUUAUGAAGGCAAAAAACACAAAAAGAAUGCCGCCAGGGUGGACUUGUUAGAACAACUAGGGAAGACGCUGGAUCUGGGGGAGUUGAGAGGUCUGAGGCGCAGUUAUACGUGUAGCAUCUGUCAUGUUACCCUCAACUCAAUAGAACAGUAUCACGCCCACCUAAAAGGCUCGAAACACCAGACCAACCUGAAGAAUCAAUAGUGAAAACAUCUGGGAUGAGAAAACAUCUGGGAUGAGGACAAAAAUCAGAAUUGCUUCUGCCAAGGAGAAUCACUUACCAACCCAACCAGUGGAGGAGGAAUCUUUCUUGGACAAUGAACAUUUCUUAAGUGGAUUCACAGAUUAAUUUAGUAAUUUUAUUGUGGGACAGCAACUGGAUUUUCUUUGUUUCAAAAAAUUGUGGUAAGUUAAAAUAUUGGAUGGAUUAAAAAAUUCUCAGAAAACAGAUUCCACACACAUUCUCAAGUAUAAUACUGUAGCAAAUGGCUGAGGAGGAAUAUCAUUCAGCCUCAAAGACAGCAGAAAUUAAGAACAAAAGAAACCCCUCAAAAACACAACUUUUGGGGUAUUUAUUCUAGAUUUCUUCAGAGUAUAAUUAUUCUGUUAAAUUAUUGAUGAUUGUGAUGUAAAACCAUCUUCCACCAGAAACAAACAUUAUUCCUCCACCAUGUUCAGCAUGAUUGGUGUCAACGGGCAGAGAACCAGACUGAAGCUCAAUCAAUAGGAGAUGUAUAAUGGAUGAACCCUAUGCCUCCUCAUGCUGCCUUUAGAAAUGUGAAUGGACUAUGCCAACUGAACAAGGAGAGCUUGGAGAUAAAGAGUGAAAUCACCAACUAUGUUUUCUGUCUUUCAAAUACAGCUUCUCCAGGUUGAAGUAAGGGUUUUCCCUUAAGAGACCAAAAGAAUAUUAACUCUAAACCAAGAGGGGGAAAGCAUACUCAUGUGAGGAUCCCCCCAGUAACAGUUGGCUCUGAUUUAUUUUCUUUCCCCAAGGCACCAUAUAAAGGAAAAAGUCCUUUAAAUUUAUUGGAAGUAAACGGGUGUUUCCUGUGAAAUAAACUUGACUUAUGACCUUUCAAUUUGAGGGGGUGGAUCUGGUUAUACCAAUAAAAGCGAAUUUAAAUGAAAAGUAAGAUAAGGAAUUUCAGUUUGGCCA